GACGAGGUCAUAGUCGUGCUCUCAUUUUUGCAUUUCACGUUUCUUCUCUUUCUCAGACUUCCUCUCGUCUCUAUUACGUUUUUGCUCUUCACGAGUUUCUCUCACACACUCGCCCGUUUCAUACUCCAAAACCAUAUUUUUAUCGCCUUCCUCGGUUUCUCUCGUCAUUCUCACAAUUCUCAGGUGCACAAAUCUCUCUUUUUAUUGUUUGUGGGCAUAAUUUAGAUGUUUAUCAUCUGAUCAGCAAUCUCCAGCAACAUGAACUUCAUUGUUGCUAGAUACUGAUUUUUGUGGGACUCUAUAUGUUGCUUUGGUCUCAAGUCUAAAACAGAGCAAUUUGUAGAAGUUUUUCAAUGCUAAAUUCUUCUGGAGUAAGAACUCAACGAAGAAACUCAAGACCUUUGUCUGUUGGAGAAAUGGAUUGCUUAGAACCUAAAACAAAGAACAAUCUCACUGGAAAGCUUCUGUUGAUAGCUUCACUAAUAAUAUUAGCCAUUAUUGUGAUCAGUCAAGCCUCAAGUUUCACAUCCCCAAGGGUGUUUUCUCAAAGAGAGGAAGGAGUAACUCAUGUGUUAGUCACUGGUGGUGCUGGUUAUAUCGGAUCACAUGCCGCUUUAAGGCUGCUUAGAGAUUCAUACCGCGUUACCAUUGUGGACAAUCUUUCGCGUGGGAAUCUCGGGGCUGUUAAGACUUUACAGAGAUUAUUCCCGCAAACCGGAAGACUUCAGUUCAUUUAUGCUGACUUAGGAGAUCCCGCAGCGGUUGAGAAAAUCUUCUCGGAGAACGCUUUUGACGCUGUGAUGCAUUUUGCUGCGGUAGCUUAUGUUGGAGAAAGCACUCUUUAUCCUCUAAAAUACUACCAUAACAUUACAUCAAACACAUUAGGAGUUCUUGAAGCUAUGGCUAGACAUAAAGUGAAAACAUUAAUUUAUUCUAGCACUUGUGCUACAUAUGGCGAGCCUGAUAAAAUGCCAAUUACUGAAGAUACUCCACAAGUCCCAAUUAAUCCAUACGGGAAAGCUAAAAAGAUGGCAGAGGAUAUGAUUUUGGAUUUCUCUAAGAACUCUGACAUGGCGGUUAUGAUCUUAAGAUACUUCAAUGUGAUUGGUUCAGAUCCAGGAGGUAGAUUAGGAGAAGCUCCAAGACCCGAGCUUCGCGAGCAAGGACGGAUUUCCGGUGCUUGUUUUGACGCAGCUCGCGGUUUCAUUCCCGGACUUCAAGUGAAAGGAACAGAUUACAAAACAUCAGACGGUACUUGCAUUAGAGACUAUAUAGAUGUGACUGACCUCGUGGAUGCUCACGUGAAGGCUCUCGAGAAAGCUCAGCCUCGAAAAGUUGGUAUCUACAAUGUUGGAACCGGAAAAGGACGAUCGGUUAAAGAAUUCGUCGAGGCGUGCAAGAAAGCGACAGGAGUCGAGAUCAAAGUAGAUUUCUUGCCUCGACGACCGGGAGAUUACGCAGAAGUUUAUAGUGAUCCGACAAAGAUUUUGAAAGAUCUGAACUGGACAGCUCGGUUCACUAAUCUUCAAGAUAGUCUUCAAGUUGCUUGGAGGUGGCAAAAGAUUCAUCCUCAUGGAUAUGCUUCUUAUUAAAAACAGAAGAGAAAAAAGCUUUUCUUGUUUUAAAUUUAUUCUUCUUGAUUGGCAUAAUGUUUUGAGGGAUUACAAUACAUAAUAUAUACUCUUAACAGUAUAGAGGGAAAUGAAUAAACGAUUAAACGCAGC